AUGGCAAGGCGCAAAUGCCUUCUCUUCGUGCUGGCCACACUGCCAGUUUUCUGGGUGUUCUGGCAGCUCAGCCAUAUGGACCAUGCGCAGACCCCGCCGUCACCACCAGAGAAGAAUCUUCACUAUUUGCGGGCUAAUAGGAGUUUGGUUCAUUAUUUGGACAAUAUAAACAUCCUCAUAGAACCAUCAUCGGUCUGCCAGAAGAAGGUCCCGGUGCUCGUUCUAGUGACCAGCACCCCCUCCCACUAUCGUCACCGUGACGCCAUCAGAAAUACUUGGGGGAAGCACCAGGAGACGUAUUUCUUCCGUGGUCUUACCCAGGAUGAUGAUCGAAUGGCAGACGCCUACAUCGAAGCGAAACAGCACAGCGACCUCAUAGUCCAUGAGCUCCAAGACCACUAUCAGAACCUGACGCUGAAGGUGGCGCUGAUGCUGCAGUGGGCCCUCCACCGCUGUCCGCGGGCAGAGUUCGUGUUCAAGACUGACGAUGAUGUGAUGCUCAAUCCGAGGACUUUGGAGACGGUGCUGGAGGAUAAUAACGGCGCCGCGUUGUUUGGGUACAAGAAAGAGAACAUCGUACCGGACAGACGCGAGUACACCAAGUGGUACCUGCCUCGGUGGCUUUACAAUGAAGAAUUGAUACCAGAAUAUCUAUUGGGGUCAGGAUAUAUUAUUAAUGGUAAAAACCUAAAAGAGAUCUUCAGCGCCGCCCUCCACAUCCCUCUCAUCAACAUAGAAGACAUCCACUUCACGUACCUCGUCGCCAAGAGAGCCCUAGGGCUCCCCCUCACCCACGACCGAAGACUGAGCCCAUACAAACCUUGGAUAUUCACUUGUCCGUACAAAAACUACGCUUCCGUACAUAGUCUUAGUCCUGAGGAGAUGGAUAUUAGAAAUUGCCCGCAAUUUGCGAACUUCGGUUUCCGGAAAAACUAA